ACCCCAUCCUGCUUCUCUCUCACAACCAGCUGCAGAAAGGAGAGAAAAUCCCUUGGCUCUAAAAUGACAUCUGGAGAAGUGAAGACAAGCCUCAAGAAUGCCUACUCAUCUGCCAAGAGGCUGUCGCCGAAGAUGGAGGAGGAAGGGGAGGAGGAGGACUACUGCACCCCUGGAGCCUUUGAGCUGGAGCGGCUCUUCUGGAAGGGCAGUCCCCAGUACACCCACGUCAACGAGGUCUGGCCCAAGCUCUACAUUGGCGAUGAGGCGACGGCGCUGGACCGCUAUAGGCUGCAGAAGGCGGGGUUCACGCACGUGCUGAACGCGGCCCACGGCCGCUGGAACGUGGACACUGGGCCCAACUACUACCGCGACAUGGACAUCCAGUACCACGGCGUGGAGGCCGACGACCUGCCCACCUUCGACCUCAGUGUCUUCUUCUACCCGGCGGCAGCUUUCAUCGACAGAGCGCUGCGCGACGACCACAGUAAGAUCCUGGUUCACUGCGUCAUGGGCCGCAGCCGGUCAGCCACCCUGGUCCUGGCCUACCUGAUGAUCCACAAGGACAUGACUCUGGUGGACGCCAUCCAGCAAGUGGCCAAGAACCGCUGCGUCCUCCCGAACCGGGGCUUUUUGAAGCAGCUCCGGGAGCUGGACAAGCAGCUGGUGCAGCAGAGGCGACAGGCCCAGUGCCAGGAUGGUGAGGAGGAGGAGGACAGCAGGGAGCUGUAGGGCCCGACUCACAGGGCCAGCAGAGGCACUUGGGGACAGAGGGGAGAGGCAGA